AUGAAUUAUCGUAUAAAAUUCCCAUUUUCUAAUGCUGUUAAAGAAUUGGUCAAUUUGAUUUAUGAUAAAAACUACGAAGUUGCCUAAAAACAAAUUAAUAAAAUUCUUUACGAAGAUCGUAUUUUUAAAAUGAAGUCACAGGAAUACAUAAGAUUAUUGCACUAUUAAUCCAUUUUAUAAGUAUACGAUCGAAAUUACUAAGAUGCAGAAAUCAACUUACAAAAUGCCAUGUUGCAAUCGAAAUUUCUAAAUGAGAGAGCAUAUCACACUUAUUUAACUUUGUAUUAUUAACUAAUUUCUUAUACUAAUGUUAAUGAAAUACAUUGGAAAAUUAAACAAAUAAAGAGACAGAAUCAAUUCUCCGAUUUAUCAUAGACAGCCUAGGGCAAAAUUAUGAACUGUUUAGCUAUUGGUAACAUAUUUUCAACAACUGCUUCUGUAGGGCAGAGUGUAGAAUUAUUAAAGCAAACAGCUGAAUCAUGUCCAGAAUUAUUAUUUACUUUUUAUUAUAACAUCGCAGCUAUUUAUUAUUUGUUUGAUCAAUCUUAAGAUAAGAAUGAUAUCAUAAUUGAUAAUCUAAUUAAAUGUUAUAACAGUCUGAGAUAGAAUACAUAAGAGAUUAAUAAUUUAGAAGACUUAUGGAUUUAAUAUAACUUGAUAGAAGAGAAUGAAUUGACUAUAAGAGAUGUAAAAAUAUUGUUGUUGUUGUCUUAACACUUAUUUUCAAAUAAAUAAACUAAACUAGCAUUAUAGUUCUUGAAUUUAAGUAAUAAAAUUAUAAGUACCAAUUCUGCUUGUGUAUUAUAUAAACCAGAGAUGCAAUUUAUUUAUGCAGCUUAUUUUUUGGAUUAGAGAUAAGUGCAAAAUUGCACUGACAUAUGUCGAUCCUUAUUAAAGACAGAUGUUCAUCCUAUACAAGAUCAAAUCAAAUUAAAUGCUUUAAGACUUGCAAACAAAUCUACUACUGUCACUACAAAAAAACCUGUAGUAACCUAAUAAGCAUAAACUAAAAAGGCUUAUAGGGAACCAAAAUUGAAAAGUGAAUUUGAAAAUAUUGUGGCACAGGAAUAGGAAUUAUUAAAAUAGUUCAAACUUCAAAAACCUUCUGCUUAUUACUUUUAAUUUGAUUCUGAUUUCAAAGAAAUAUUUAAUAGUAAAUUUAUUGAAAUCGAUAUUAAAUUAACAUUAGCAUAACAGUUUAAGUGA